UUGGUUCCACUCGCAUCUCGUUGUACGUCACUCCAAAGUCUCACGGUUUCCCCCACGUUCAACUGCCUUACGUGCCAAUUCCAUAUGCUUCUACAUACAUUGGUGUUGCUCGAAGGUAAACUUCAGUACCUUAAUCUCCAAUUCGAAGUGAUGAACUUUGACCACACAAAACACCUCUACCUGGCAAUUCUCAGCCAUCAAUGGCGUUUGAAGCUGUUGAUACUAUACGAUAAAUCCAAUGAGUUUUUCAACGAGAAGCAGAUGGUCAAACAUCUAAAGGCACAAUUUAGCCAGUUUGAAAAAACAACCUUCUACCUCCAGCUUUUCUACAAAACGUACCCGAUACUGUUAGAGCCAUACAAAUGUGUCUCGGGGAUCUCAAGCAUUUACAAGACUUUUUUCAGUGAAAAUCAGGACGCUUUGUCUGUAUACUUGGCAGACUAUCUCAAGUCGGUUGGUCUCAAACUGCCCCCUACAAGCCUUGAACAAUUCGUUGUAAACAAUGUGCCACUUGUGGUAUUGAACGGCUCUUGGACAUUUAUGGAUGCUGCCAAAACCCCUAUUUUGUUUCCCGAUUCCAAAUAUCCCUUAUGACUGUAACAGCAAUGGGUGCAAAAUAUGAUGAACAUAAACAACGGCAAGAACUGGCCACUACCAUGGGCAUUUUGAGGAAUGGUUACCCUUCCUGAUACUUUUCAUACGGCUAAAAUACACAUGGUUUUGUCGGGCAUGUCUCGGCCAUGCUGUAUGCCCACCCAAUCAA